GGCUCGAACGCGGCGCGGUGCAUUGUGGGGCGGGAGGAGAGUCACCGCUCUGCUAAGGGCCGCCAUCUUGUCUGCGGCCGGACUUGCUGCCGCUCUUGGGGCCCGCUCUUCGUCCUCGCCGCGAGGAGCGAGGGGACAGAGAGGGGACGAGGCGCCCAGCCGCUGCUGAUGCGCCCGGAGCCUCCCCGUGCCUUCCACGGGCGCUGCUAGCGAAGGGGGCGGGGGUAGUCGGGCGGCCACCGGCGCGGCCUUUCCUCUCCUCGGCCGGGAUGGGCCGGUCCCGCAGCCGCAGCUCGUCCCGUUCCAAGCACACCAAGAGCUCCAAGCACAACAAGAAGAACCGGAGCCGCUCGCGGUCCCGCUCGCGGGAAAAGGAGCGGGCGCGGAAGCGCUCCAAGUCCCGGGAGAGCAAACGCAACCGGCGCCGGGAGUCGCGGUCCCGGUCCCGCUCCAACACGGCCCCCUCCUCCCGCCGCGACCGGGAGCGCGAACGCGAGCGCGCCUCGUCCCCGCCGGACCGCAUCGACAUCUUCGGGCGCACGGUGAGCAAGCGCAGCAGCCUGGACGAGAAGCAGAAGCGGGAGGAGGAGGAGAAAAAAGCCGAGUUCGAGCGGCAGCGGAAAAUCCGUCAACAAGAAAUUGAAGAGAAACUUAUAGAGGAAGAAACUGCUCGAAGAGUGGAAGAGCUUGUGGCUAAACGUGUAGAAGAAGAGUUGGAGAAACGGAAGGAUGAGAUUGAGCGAGAGGUUCUCCGCAGGGUGGAAGAGGCUAAGCGCAUCAUGGAAAAACAGUUGCUCGAAGAACUCGAGCGACAGCGACAAGCUGAACUUGCAGCACAAAAAGCCAGAGAGGAAGAAGAGCGUGCAAAGCGUGAGGAACUAGAGCGAAUACUAGAAGAGAAUAAUCGAAAAAUUGCAGAAGCACAAGCUAAACUGGCUGAAGAACAAUUGAAAAUUGUUGAAGAACAAAGAAAGAUUCAUGAGGAGAGGAUGAAACUAGAACAAGAGAGGCAACGUCAGCAAAAGGAAGAGCAAAAAAUUAUCUUGGGCAAAGGAAAGUCUAGGCCAAAACUGUCCUUCUCACUAAAGAGCCAGGAUUAAAUUGCAACUCUGAACUCUUACAAGGAAAAAAAAAAGGAAACAAAAAACAAUAACAACAAAAACUUUGUAUGGUAGCUUCUUGUUGAAGUGGUUUUUUUUCUCUCAAUUUUUUUUGUCUUUUUUUGAAAGUCUGGAAAGUUAGCUUGUUCUAAUAGGGGCUGUGCUCUGCAAUUCUUAAUUUUUUUUUAAACUUCCAUUAAGUUAAACCCUUAUCAGAUCAUUGUUGCCUUUUAGAGGGAAAUCUGUUCUCAUAUGUUUUGUUUAUGUAUUAGUGGUCUGAAAGAUCAGGUCACUAUGAAUUGUGGAUGAUCUGAUAAGGUUUUACUUGACCUACUCAUCAGAGUUUGACUCUGAUAAUUGACAAAACUUUAUACUGGGUAUUGCUGACUCCUUUUUUUUUUUUUUUUAAGUCAGUAAAUACAUGAGUAAAUUGCCAUGGUAUUACUGGACCUCUGUGGCUUACUGUUAAAUCAGUGUCCUAUGAUACUGUCCCAUUGUUGCGCUUGAUGUUCCUGAUACAGGUAAGGAAAUAGUUUGUCAUUUCUGCUAUGAAUACAUAGAGAGAGUUCAGUAUUGUCUCUGUUAGAUUUGUUUUUAUUACAUUGACAGCGUUCAACCAGAGUUCCCCAUUGUGUAAAUAAACCAAUUUGCUGAAUAAAGUGAAAGUCUUAAAUUCA